GGUUCGGUUCCAAUGUUUCAGUUUCAUACACAGAUGAGGGGUUUGACCAGAACAAGCCCUAGUAGCUCCUCCCAAAUCGCAGUCGCCGCUUCAUUCACGCCGUUAUGAUCCGAUCGUCCUUUGCCACCACCGUUGGCCUCUUCCACACACACACUCAUGGCGGAGCUCAAGCUCGUCCUCUAAAGGCCAAUACCCGAGAAGUGACCCAUUGCCCCGAAGCUUGGUUAGUCAAAAUCCUCUCUACUCUCUUCGUCUACAGGGUCCCAGAUUCCGAUCUCUGUUUCUGCUACCUCAGCAAGAACAUAAAUCCGUUCAUCGCAUUCGAGGUCGUGAAGAAACUUGACAAUCCUCACAUCGGGUUUCGGUUUUGGGAGUUUAGUAGAUUCAAGCUCAACAUUCGCCACUCUUUCGGGACUUAUAACUUGCUCACUAGAUCGCUUUGCAAAGCAGGGUUGCACGAUUUGGCUGGGAAGGUGUUUGAGUGCAUGAAGAGCGAUGGUGUCUCCCCCAACAGUCGGUUAUUAGGGUUUUUGGUGUCUUCUUUCGCUGAAAAGGGUAACCUUCGUUUUGCCACUGCUUUGCUUCUUCGGUCUUAUGAGGUUCAAGGAGUUUCUACGGUGGUUAACAGUUUGUUGCACACGUUAGUGAGGCUGGGUCGUGUGGAGGAUGCCAUUAAUCUAUUCGAAAAGCAUCUCAAGUUUCAGUCUUGUAAUGAUACCUGGACGUUUAACAUUCUGAUUCGAGGUUUGUGCUGUGUAGGGAAAGCUGAGAAAGCAUUAGAGCUUUUUGCUGAGAUGAGUAGUUUUGCUUGUUCGCCUGAUAUCGUUACCUAUAAUACUCUCAUUAAGGGUUUUUGCAAGAGUAAUGAGCUGGGCAAAGCCUACGAUAUGUUCAGCGAGGUUAAGUCGAGAGUGGGUUGUUCUCUGGAUGUUGUUACUUAUACUUCGAUGAUGUCAGGGUACUGCAAAGCUGGCAAUGUGAAGGAAGCGUCUCUUCUGUUAGAUGAAAUGGUUGAUUUGGGGAUUUAUCCUAAUAACAUAACUUUUAAUGUUCUGGUCGAUGGUUAUGCCAAAGUGGGUGAGAUGUCUUGUGCGGAAGUUAUUCGCGGGAAGAUGGAAUCUUUUGGCUGUUUCGCAGAUGUUGUGACCUACACUUCUUUGAUUCAUGGGUACUGCAGAGUAGGACAAGUCAACAAAGGGUUUAGUCUUUGGGAAGAAAUGAAUGCCAAAGGAAUGUUUCCUAACGCAUUUACCUAUUCCAUUCUUAUCAACGCGCUCUGUAAAGAGAAUAGGCUGCUCAGGGCUCGUGAUCUUUUGAGGCAGUUAGCUUGUGAAGGCGUUGUUUCUAAACCGUUUCUGUACAACCCUGUCAUUGAUGGGUUUUGUAAAGCUGGAAAGGUCAACGAGGCAAAUGUUAUUGUGGCAGAGAUGGAGAAGACGAAAUGCAAACCAGAUAAGAUCACUUUUACCAUUCUUAUAAUUGGGCAUUGCAUGAAAGGAAGGAUGGGUGAAGCAGUCAGCAUUUUCCACAAAAUGGUGGCGAUUGGUUGCUCACCUGAUAAGAUCACAGUGAGCUCUUUGUUGUCGUGUCUUCUUAAGGCUGGAAUGGCAAAGGAGGCCUAUCAACUAAACCAGAUUGCAGUGAAAUGCCAAAGUAAUGAUGUAGCACCUCAAGAGACGAAAGCUGUGAACGUAACUGUGGCUGCCUGCUAAGCUUUCUGUUCAAUAUCCCUGUACAUUGGCCUUCUUCUACCAUCAUGCAUUCUGUACACAUGUUAGGCGUAACUGGACGCCAAAAAAGAAAAGCAGAGGAAAACUCACAGUUAUUCUACUGCCAGAGAUCACACUUUAGUGUAAAUUGCUGAGAAUGUACCCAUCACAAUUCGUCUGCAAGAUUCGUGAUAUUCAAUUCCUUGAUAGAUUUUAGAUCCGCAUAUUUUCUCCUAGGAAAUUCUUUUCCAGUUGCGUCAUCUGGAUCAGGCUGUGUUGAAGUAUUGAAGUAAAGGAUGAUCCAACUUGUGAAAAAGAAUAAUUUUUGGAUAAAUGAGAAGUUACUUGAGAACUUUGAAGUUCACAUGAGUGAGAUAGAAGUAGUUGCUUCAUCUGGUCCACGUCGUUUUUCUUUAAAUAAAGAAGUAUUAAUUCCUGAGAUUGGAAUCUGUAAGUUCUCGUUAUAUUAAUCAAUCAU